AAUUAUCUAGUUUUUUCCUGAAACGGCGAACAUUUUGUUCAAACGACGAUCGCAAAACCUCUAAAAAACAAAAAUUGAAGAAGAACCGAAGAGCACCAAAGUGGAAGCAAAUUGCUAAAAGACCCAUCUCGGGGAAGAAAAGCCUAAACCCAAGAAAUUAAUUCCUCCUUUAUAGAAUUCUCUGAAAUCCUAUUUUGCUUUCGUGAUUCAGAGUCUGUAAGACUUAGACCAAGAGAAAUCGAAGAUGGCGACCGAGAAUACCCAAAUCUACCAUGAAAGGCAAAGAUUACAGUUCUGCCUUUUACACUCCCUCAACAAUCUCUUUCAGCAAAAGGACACGUUUACUCGGGCUAGCUUGAAUGAAAUCGCUGAGAAACUUGUUCUUGAUGAUCCAAGCAAGGAGACCUGGACACCGUUAUCUGUGCUCAUUAAGCCUCAUCAUAAUACAAUGACAGGAAACUAUGACAUAAAUGUUCUAAUUGCGGCCUUAGAAGGGAAAGGAAAGCAUGUAGUUUGGCAUGAUCGUCGUAAUGGAGCAUCUUUGAUCAAUCUCGAUGCUUCCGAUGAUACUUUGAUGGGUAUUGUGCUUAAUGUGUCGGUUAGAAAGUUUGGUGGGAUUUGGAAAAGUAGGCAUUGGGUUACAUUGAAAAAGAUUGAUGGGGUUUGGCAUAAUUUGGAUAGUGAUCUUCUUGCUCCUGAGACUUUUAAAGAUGCUGAAGAAGUAAGGGAAUUCUUGGAUCACAUCAUUGAUCAUGGUGGGGAGGUUUUGCUUGUCAUGAAUGAUAAACAGUGAGCUUUGUUUGCUUUGGGUCAAGUUCUUUAAUAGAACUUCUGAAUAUGUGUGUGUGUGUGUAUGAUGUACUUGUACAAAAGAAGAGGCAGUUUGUAGGCGAAUUCAGUUUCAUUUUUGCAUCUUUGUCAACUACUGCAAAAGUCUUAUUGUCUUUCAAGCUUGGACUUCUUGAGGUACUACUGGAAAUUUGUUCAUAAGAGGUUUAUUGUUAGCAAGUUUUGUAAUAGGAGCUAUCAGGAUGAUCAGCAGGUGGUGAUUUAGGAUGCUGUUAAUUGUUUCUUCAAUGAAUUGUUCUGUUCCUGAAUGGGGUUCUGAAUUGGAUCAAAAUUCAGAAGUUGCUGGUAAAUAAACAUUUGGUGGAGCAGAAGGAGAACACAGAUAUAUUGGGCAAGACUCUCUGACCAAUAUCUCGAUACAGAGUACAUUUCUGGCUUAAAAUCCAAAUAGCAUUGAACGUGAAUGAAAAUAGAUGUCAUACAUGUUGGAAGUAGGUGAUAAUGGAAACUGAUUUCAGGUUAUUCGAUCUGACUGCUGACAUAUCAGAUGGUUUGAGUGAAGAUACAUCUGGAAGCUGUAGUUGGAAGGAAUUUGAUUGUGCUCCUUUCAAGCUUUGCUGGUUAGUUCAAUGGCCUCUUAACCCGUCUUGUACUGUUUAAUGCUGUAUAGCCUGUAUAGAACGAGUGAUGUUGAUAAAGAAACUAAAUUAAUAAUGUUUAGUGUUGAGAUUAUAUUUCCCUAAAUGCUUCCUUUCAAGUUUGAAGUGCUGAUAAAAAAAAAAAGGUCUUGAAAUGCAUGUUAUUUUAGCUUCUAUACAGUGAACUCUUAUCUCAAAAGUUUUGUGACCUUUUUGUGCUUGAAUUGGAGUUGGCAAUUAAUGUUGUGUAGCA